UCAGCAUUCAUCACAUAAUUUUUGGUGUUUCAUUUGCUGCAAAUUUUUCUGCUUCUAAUCCUUUUUAUCAUCUUUUAAAAUGAAAUUUCUUGCAUUAUACGCUUCUUAUUUUCUCCUGAUUUCAUGCAUUCUUCAAAUUUACUAUCCCGCUAAAGCGCAAAAGAUUUACUCUUUUUCGAACUGUAACACCGCUACCAAUUACACUUCCGGGAGUGUCUAUGACCAAAACCUAAAUCUUACCCUCACUUCCCUUGUUGCCAAUGUAUAUCAAACUGGAUAUUACAUCAAAAGCAUUGGUCAGAACAACGAUGUGGUUUAUGGCCUUGUUCAAUGCCGCGGCGAUCUCUCUAAAAUUGGUUGCCAAGCUUGUGCAAAUAUAGCGGCAACUGAGAUCAGGCAAUUUUGUUUAAGCCAGAAGGAGGCUUCGGUUGGCUACAUAAAUUGCGUGUUGCAGUAUUCGGACCGGCGUUUCUUCUCUACUUUCAACAGUUUCCCAAGGUUGGCCUUAUACUACAAUCAGACAGCAAAUGACCCCGUUCUUUUCAAAAGUCAGAUAGACAACUUGGUUAAUAACCUAUCAUCAAACGCCGCUUCCAAUCCUUCAAAAUUUGCUAUCGGGGUCACCAGUUACACGGAUUCCAAAAAUUUAUAUGGCAUGACUCAGUGCACCCAAGACCUAGCAGAAAACAGCUGCUUAACUUGCCUGCAGCAGAUUGCCAGUUAUGUACCACCGGAUGGAUUUGUUGGGUAUACACUAAUUUCUGAGAGCUGUUAUGUCCGGUAUGAGAUAUAUUUAUUUUUCCUGUCACCAAUUCAACAUCCACCACCUCUAGUGGCACCCUCUCCAUUUCCUAAUUCAACUACUACUGGUGGCACUAAUAAGACUACUGGAAAGGAGAAGAUUUCAAAAACCAUCGUCAUCAUAGUUAUCCCACUACUUUUGGGAUUGCUUGUGGUAGCCACAAGCUGCGCUUGUUUCUUGUUGCGGAAAAAGACCAGGAGAAGUGGAGUUGAUUAUCUUUCGGAUGUUCGUGAAGAUGGUAACAAUAGUAGGGAUGCACUUUUGAUUGGAUUAAAUACACUUAAAGUUGCAACCAGCAAUUUCUUAAUAGCCUAUAAACUCGGAGAAGGCGGAUUUGGUCCAGUUUACAAGGGAAAACUGCCCGACGGACAGGACAUAGCAGUGAAAAGGCUGUCACGUAGUUCAGCCCAAGGUCUAGCAGAACUAAAAACGGAAGUAAUUCUAGUUGCUAAGUUACUGCAUCGGAAUCUUGUAAGACUAUUAGGGUUCUGCUUAGAAGAUGAAGAGAAGCUACUCGUCUACGAAUACCUACCCAACGGGAGCUUGGACAAGAUUUUAUUUGGUCAGGGGAGAACAUUUAGUUUGGAAUGGGAAAGAAGGUUCAAAAUCAUUGUCGGAAUUGCUCAAGGGCUACUUUACCUGCAUCAAGAUUCUCAGCUUCGGAUUAUUCAUCGAGAUUUGAAAGCCAGCAACAUCCUGUUAGACAAAGACAUGAACCCCAAAAUAUCUGAUUUUGGUUUAGCCAAAUUGUUCGGCGAGAGCCAAACUCAUGGCAAUACGAACCGGAUUUCUGGUACUUUUGGAUACAUGGCACCAGAAUAUGCUAAAUAUGGAAAAUUUUCGACCAAAUCUGAUGCCUUUAGCUUUGGGGUUUUAGUUCUUGAAAUUAUAACAGGUCGGAAGAACUCCAGCUUCCGCACUUUCUCAAAUCUACAAAGUUAUGCAUGGCAGCAUUGGGCAAAUGGAACAUCAUUGGAGUUAUUGGAUCCGAGUUUGGGAGACCAGUGGCCUAGAUAUGAAGUUUUGAAGUGCAUCCACAUUGGGUUGUUAUGCGUUCAAGAAGCUGCGGCUGAAAGACCUACUAUGUCAGAGGUUGUUAUGAUGCUCAAUAGCUACACUAUUACCUCCGCCGUGCCUUCGCAGCCAGCAUUUUAUGUCCGACAGGAAAGCUCCGCCAACUCACAGAACUUAACUGCAUCUGAGCUCGAUAUGUUAGCAGAAGCAGCUCAGUCAGUAAAUGAUGUUACAGUCUCUGAACUCUAUCCUCGCUAGGUUAGCUAGCAAUUGCGCAAUGUCCUAAUAAUUGGAAAGAUAUUAGAUAUCUCUUCUAGCUAGCUACCUAGCGACAAAGUAGAUUAAACGCUCAAAUUAUUAGUCUAUGGGAAUAUUUUUGCUCAUCACACUCAAGUAAUGGUGAUGUUCAUCACCCUAUAUAUCACUGUUUGAUAAGUUUAAACUUUUAA